CAAACGACUCCUCAUAAAACUAAAAAUUCAUACUGGCAAUAAGAACAGGAGUUCUUUGCUUAAUCCAAGACACUCACCAAUUAUUUGACUUGUUUCGUUAAGUGAAUAAUUACAACACUGGCACACGUGGCGGCCAGUCGAUUAGUAUUGCUAUCGUAAUUUUCAGUGUUGAAAAAACCAAUGUAAAGAAAAGCUAUUCGCACGAGGCUACGCCAAGCAAAAUUAAAUAUUCCAGUAAAUUGAAGUAAAAAUAAACAGCAGCAAUGGCCGAAACAGAGCCGGAGGUUGAGGUCAAUGGCACAGAAGUCGAGGAAGAUGGCCAGGAUGAUGACAUCAAGCAAAAGAAGCAAACGCGUCACGAUGGCGGCGCCGCCGACUUAGAACGUGUGACAGACUACGCCGAAGAGAAGGAAAUCUCAGCCGCGAAUAUAUCGAGUGCAGUGGAACAGUUUGGCAAUCAGCGCAGCAAAGAAAACGAGCUGAGGGUGGCCAAGGAGAAGGAGCUGCAAAAGGUGCAGGUGAAGAAGGAGGACAUUGAACUGAUUAUGAACGAGCUGCUCGUCACUAAGGCCCAGGCGGAAAAGGUGCUAAGGGAACAAAGCGGCGAUGUCGUUGCCGCCCUAGAGGCCAUCAUCAGCAGUUGAAGAGAGCCUGGAGCAAUGGAGCGCCGUUUCCUUUACUUAGCAAAACACUGCUUUAUUUGUACAUUUAUAAUACUAGUAAAGAAAAAUCAAAUCAAUCAA